GAAGGUGGAUCUGCUCCCUCCGCAGCCAGCGGGGCCAGGGCCCGACGACCCGCAGCCGCCGGAGCCGCUGGCCCAGCCUCCCCUCGCGCGGGCCAGGCCGGGGAUGGAGCCGCAGCCGGAGCCGCCGCAGCGGGAGCGGCGGCUCGGAGCAGCCUGAGGCGCGGGCGGCGCGCGGGACUGGGGGGGAGGGCGGGCCGAGGGGAGGGUCCUGCGGGCCGGGGGGGGCGGGCGCGGCGCGCCCCCUCCCUCGCGCGCUCCCUCCCUCCCCCGCGCGCCCUCCCUCGCCGCCUCCACCCGCCGCCUCCGGCCCCCCCUCACCGGGGACCGAGCGCGCUCGCUCCGGCGCCGGCCUCGCCUCCUCGCAGCAGCGCCAUGGAUGAGUUCCACCCGUUCAUCGAGGCCCUGCUGCCUCACGUCCGCGCCUUCGCCUAUACCUGGUUCAACCUGCAGGCGCGAAAGCGCAAGUACUUCAAGAAACACGAGAAGCGGAUGUCGAAGGACGAGGAACGGGCAGUAAAGGAUGAGCUGCUGGGCGAGAAGCCCGAGGUCAAGCAGAAGUGGGCGUCAAGGUUGCUGGCCAAGCUGCGCAAAGACAUCCGGCCCGAGUGCCGUGAGGACUUCGUGCUGGCCAUCACUGGCAAGAAGGCGCCAGGCUGCGUGCUCUCCAACCCUGACCAGAAGGGCAAGAUGCGGCGCAUCGACUGCCUGCGACAGGCCGACAAGGUGUGGCGGCUGGACCUUGUCAUGGUCAUCCUCUUCAAGGGCAUCCCUCUGGAGAGCACCGACGGCGAGCGCCUGGUCAAGGCAGCGCAGUGUGGCCACCCAGUACUCUGCGUGCAGCCACAUCACAUUGGUGUGGCAGUCAAGGAGCUGGACCUCUACCUGGCCUACUUUGUGCGUGAGAGAGAUGCGGAGCAGAGCAGCAGUCCCAGGGCAGGGAUGGGCUCCGACCAGGAGGACAGCAAGCCCAUCACGCUGGACACAACUGACUUCCAGGAAAGCUUUGUCACCUCUGGCGUGUUCAGUGUCACCGAGCUCAUCCAAGUGUCCCGGACACCUGUGGUAACCGGAACAGGACCUAAUUUUUCCCUGGGGGAGCUGCAAGGGCACCUAGCAUACGACCUGAAUCCAGCCAGCACUGGCAUGAGAAGAACGCUACCCAGCACCUCCUCCAGCGGGAGCAAGCGGCACAAAUCCGGCUCGAUGGAGGAAGACGUGGACACGAGCCCCGGCGGCGAUUACUACACGUCACCCAGCUCUCCCACGAGUAGCAGCCGCAACUGGACAGAGGACAUGGAAGGAGGCAUCUCGUCCCCAGUGAAGAAGACAGAGAUGGACAAGUCACCAUUCAACAGCCCAUCCCCCCAGGACUCUCCUCGCCUCUCCAGCUUCACCCAGCACCACCGGCCCGUCAUCGCCGUACACAGCGGGAUUGCCCGGAGUCCCCACCCGUCCUCAGCCCUGCAUUUCCCCACAACGUCGAUCUUGCCCCAGACCGCAUCCACCUACUUCCCCCACACGGCCAUCCGAUACCCACCUCAUCUCAACCCCCAGGACCCGCUCAAAGAUCUCGUCUCAUUGGCCUGCGACCCGGCCAGCCAGCAGCCCGGACCGUUAAAUGGAAGUGGUCAGCUCAAAAUGUCCAGCCACUGCCUUUCCACCCAGAUGCUGGCGCCUCCGCCCCCGGGGCUGUCUCGGCUGGCGCUCCCCCCUGCCACCAAACCCACCGCCACCUCCGAGGGAGGAGCCACGUCACAGACCUCACCCACCUACUCUACGCCCGACACGUCCCCUGCAAACCGUUCCUUUGUGGGAUUAGGACCAAGGGAUCCUGCGGGCAUUUAUCAGGCACAGUCCUGGUAUCUGGGAUAACACAGGUCUUCUUCCCACGCCCCGUCUCCAUCAUCCCAAGAAUCCCAGGGGCCUGCACGGCCCCCACAUUUUCAGUGGAAAAUUAGAGUGAGCGAGAACACCCCCGCCGACUCUCAGCCUGGCAAAAAGAAAAAAAACAUACAGAUGCAUACACCACGAAGGAAGAAAAGGAAAACAAAAAGACAAACAGGAAAAAAAAACACAAACCCACCCAACCAAGAAGAUAAAAGGUAAAGACGUUUCCAGCUCUCUUGGGAUGCCAAGGCCGCAGAACUGGAGGGCCAGGCCCUGCCACCCAAUGGGAGACCACACGACGGGGCGUCUUCCUAAGUUAUUCAUCUCUUGUCCACCCGCUGCUCCAGGACAGAUGCGCAACUCUGCCCAGAGACCAGGUGAGCACAGCCUGGCAUCCACACCCAGGCCCAACGGGUGGGACACCCAGAAAGACCACCUCUCCCUGGGCACCCCCUGCUGGGACAUGGACCAGCCCCCCUGUGGAUCAGUCACUGGUGGAGACCAGGAGAGACCCAGGACCCUGGCUGGCCAUGGGCAGCAGAGACCUUGGUGGCAGGUUGGCAGGUGGUGAGGGCACAGGAGGGUGUGUGGCACGACGGAUGCACAGAUGGAUGUGUGACAGGCGCCUUCUGCCCCUCGAGAGGGUCCUGCCGUUUGGCCUCCCCCUUCCAUGCCCCUGCAAAAUGCUCAGUGGACUGGCUCUCUCUCGCUGGGGACUUGGUCUCUCAGCCCUCACGCCUGCCCCGUUUGGGAGGAGAAGUCUCUAUGCAAUUGACCCCAGCCAUACCCCCAGGAUAGGAGGCCACCCCCUCACCCACUCCCAGCCCAGCUUGGCACCCCCCAGGGGAGGGAUCCACGUUGCACACACUGUAAGAAAUGCACUUUCCAAGGAAGGGGAUGGGGGGAGCUGGGAGACCCAGAACUACCUGAGAAAUGGGGGUGCUCCCAUGAGAGGGGGGGGUUGCCCCAGUCUAGAGUGUCUGGCAUGGGAGGAGCCUCCCCCCAAGUAGCCCCUGGAGGUGGGAGGUGAGAGCGAGUGGUUUAAGUGCCUGAUCUCCAACACCCGCCCCCUCCUUGUCCAGCUGGGAUGUGGGGGGCCGCGGACAUCCCUCCCCCUCCACCCCAUCUCUGCCACCUCCCAUCGUGAACACCUCAUUGCCAUGUCCCCUUCAGAGCUAGAGAGAGCUGGGCAUCCCCCAAGCACCCCGCCCUGCGGGGGGCACGGGGGUGGGUUCUGGGGAAGCCAGAGUGCCCCCACACCCCCUCUGCCAGUGCCUUACAUCCUGGAGUGACACCCCCCCCCAUUCCUCCCAGCAAGAAGUGGGACCACCUGUUUGCACUUUCACCUCCCCCAACAAGUGAAUCAAAGCAGGACACAGCGGGGAGGUAUAUCAUCACCAGGCCCCCUGGAAGGAGAAGAGAGAAGGCUGGGUGGACAGGUGGGAGGUGCCCGCUCAGAGCCUGGGCGAGGAAGGCUCUGGCUGGGGGAGGUUGUCAGCACCGGCAUCUUGGGGCCCCCUAUAGCCAUGUAGGGGCCUCCCAUCUGCUAAGCAUUUUCCGUUGAGCCGCUCCAAAAACACUAAGCUGGGGAUGCCAGCUCCCUGGCCCCUUCCACGCCCCUGCCCCCAACUCUACCCUGGGAUUGCCAUUUUGAGGGGGAGGCCUGGGAGGAGUAUUAGAUGUUUUUAGGGCCACCAAGCCCAAACAUAGGGACCCCUCCCUGGGCCAUCCAUCUCAGCCCCAACUGACCUCCUUCAUGCCUGGCACUAGGGAAUGUCUGCUAUCCUCCAGCACAGCUCCCUACCCCCCACCCAGGCCAAAGCCAUUGUCUAGGGCGGGGCCUCCCAGUGUCACCCAUUCCCAGCCUGAUCCCAGCUCCCUGGAAACCAGACUUUUCUCCCAAACUAGACUCUUCUACCCUGGGGCUUGGCAAACCCACUGGAUCCUAAAGAGAAAGACCCCAGACAGACCCUUCCCCACCAACCCCCACCCUGUGCCCAAAGAGGUUCCCCUAUCCUCUGGCCUUGAUCCCUUGGUUCAUCCGUCCGUCCUCAGGGCCCCUCCACAGGGUGUGCACUUGGGGACAACAGCAAGGGCCGCUCUCCAGGAGGGCGGGAGGGUCAUGUGGUCAGGGGUAUCCAGAAGCUUCUCAGCCAGGGUGGGGGGGAUUGGUGGGUGGGAGAGGGGCCGUGCUGCGAUAGGCGCGAGGAGAACCGACUCUUUACCUAACUUUGCAUGGUGCUUAGUCAAGGACUUCUGUGACCUGGCUCCUGAUGUCAGCUCGCGGCAGCUGACACAUGCAUGGCAGAUUAUACCUGGCUCUAUCCUCCCUUCUCCCCCUUUCCCUCCAAACCCCACCUCCUCUUUGAAAACAAAACAAAACAAAACAAAAACCAAAAAAAAAAAAAAAAAAAAAAGUACAAAAAAUAUAAAAAAAUUCCAUGUUUCCUAAUUUGCACGAAAUUUUCUACCACAUGAUGUGCCUUGCCUUCCGAGAAUAAGUAUUACCUUUAAACAAUAUCAGCGCACACAGAUAGCUGCAUGUACUGCUCGUGUAGUUAAAAACAAAACAAAAAAGAGACAAAACAAUGACAUGAAAUAAAAAAUGAAAAUUGAAAAGGGAUGUAUUUCUAUUUGUAAAAAUAAAAAAAAAAAAGAAAAUGAGAAUUAAAGGAAAAAUGACACUAAAAAAGCAAGCUACAAAACAAUUGCCCCCAUGGUCUGCCCCCACCGCCCUUCCUUGGUUCUGACUCCACGUCUCCUGAUGUAUUUUGGGGUGCUCUAUGGUGCUUACCUUCUGCUACCCCCCAGCCCUGCUCCUGGGCUCCAGAGGGGUCAUUUCAGAAUCCCCUGCCCAAAGGACAGACCUCAGGGGUGCACCCAGGUCGCAGGCGAGGGCUUCUCCUUGCCAGGUGGUCACAAGGCCAGCCCCCAGAUGCCAUGCACCCCCCACCCCAGGCAGUCCCUUCACCAUAGGGUAGCCACCCUGCCACAGCCAGACUCCCCGAUCCUGGCCAUCUAUGCAGGCUGGCAUCCCCUGGCUCAGGGUCAAAUUGCUGUCCCACUCCUAACCCAGAAGUAUCUCCUCUCCCCUACCUUUUUUGCCAAAGGACUUUGUCCCUGUCUUGGGGACCAGCCUGGGGUGGCAUUCCCUCCUGCCCCCUCCCAUGCCCCUAACUGACUCCCUGUUCUCUGUCUUCCAGCCAUGAAUAGGAAGGGCAUCCAGUAGGAAACAAAGAAAAAAACCUGAUAUAUGCAAUAUCUGUCUGUCUGUACCCAGGGACCCAGCUCAACCAUGGGAGGGGUGUGGGGACAGCCAGGGGACGUCAAGUCACAGGCCCUGGUCCUGGUGGUACACUAUGCUGUUGUCUUGUCCUCGGUUUUAUUUUGUCUUAUUUCUUUUCUUUUGUUUUUAAUUCUAAUUUCCUUUACUUUUUACUUGACCAAAGCUAAGACAAUAGCCAGAUGGUUAGUGGGGUAGCCAGACGGGGAGGACAGGGGGCAGGACUCUCCAGCCUUAGGCUGUCCCCUCACCCCACACCACCUCCAGUGCCCACCUGUGCCCCAUGAAGAUGGUCAGGACCCCAGGCAGAUGACCCCUAUUCAUUCACCCAUUGCCCCCCAGGAUUUAUGAUUGUUUCAAGAGCCACGAUCUUACACUCAUGCCAUGUUUUCAUCCAAAAGACACCUCAGCAAGCCCCAUGGGACAGAGAGAUCCCAGACCACCUCAGUCGGCCAGAACACUGGCCUUCAGCUCUGCCCCUUGACUAGAGAGCCCAAUGUAUUCAUGUGGCAAUUCUUGGUUCUCAUUUUUUCCCUCCAGAGGGAACCUGUGUUCCCUGGAGCAGGUGACCCCAUCCCUGCACCCCAUGGCACCAGGGGGUGCCCAGAACACCCUAGAAGGAAGGCCAGGUGCCUCCCGCCCCCCCCCCCCCAGCUUGCAUUCUCAUUUCACCCAGGACCUCUGCUGAGUACACUAGGCAAGUCCAUGCCAGGCAGCAUGUUGCCUGGGGGUGUUUGGUUUUUCCUGCUUUUUCUCAGAGAUGCUGCAGAGUUCCCAUAGGACAAAGUUCUUGUAGACCCCUCACUGCAGGCAGAAUAAGGUAGAAAUACCAGGAUCCAGGAUCCAUGUCCAUCUCUGUAGUUCUGGUUCACAGAGUGGAUGCUGUCAUCCUUAAGGGUGUUGGUUCUGGGUUUUUUAUUAACAUUUAUGAAACUGACAUUUCAAAAGCCCCCCCAUCACCCACCUACCCACCCAUCCUCUACCCCCCAUAAGAGGCUUGGUCCCACCAGCUACACCCAUGCAAAGCCCCCCAUCCUCCCAGCCUAACCCUGAGGUCCAUCCCAUGCUGUGGGAAAGAAUAGGGAGGCUUCCUAAAUAUGCACAGAUUGCCUCAUCCUUUUGCCCAGCCAGGUAGAGAUGGGGCUUGGAAGGACAUAAAGACCCAGCCCUUUUUGGCCAGAUUUCUGGGGGCCCCCUUGCCCAGAUCUGGAGCACAGAAACCCACCCUGGGCUAGACAAUCAGAUCCCAAAGGAACACCCCAUGGGACUGGGUUGGGUGGGCCCCUCUGUCUGCAGCUCCCCAAGAAGCAAACGGUUCUAGCCUCAGCUCCACCAAUCUCCCUCCCUGCUCUGGAACUUUCUGUCUGUCCCCAGCAUCCCAAGGACAGGCAGACUUGCCCACACCACAGUGUCCCUUAAAAGACAGAGGCCAGGAGCAACCGUCCAGCCCUCCAGAAGAGACAGCACUCAGGCCCCCUCUGCCUCUGACUUCUCCAAUGGUACUUUGACCUCCAGCGUAGGGCUAUACUAUACACACACACAUAUAUAUAUAAAUAUAUAAUUUUGAAUUUUUUUCCUCAUAAUCCAGAAUAUACAGUGGCUACUUUUUAUGUUGGCCUGGAUUCUCUCUCCAAGACCCUGAGUUUUACUUCUUUUUUGAAGGGUGUUGGAAGAUCCUUCUUCAAAUUCAGCUUCUUCCACAUCCUUCCAUCUUUCUCCCUUUCCACCCCUCCAGGCACUUCCUGAGAGUCUAACCUCCAAACUGACACCACCACCACCAUCCCAUCCAUCCUAGACGUUUCAGAGGGUGUGGGGUCAGGUCCAGCACCCCUGGCCCCCCAACCCCGGUGAGGUGGGAGGCAGAUCCAAAGCAAUACCAGCAGGACUUGUUGCCAGUGAUACCAAAACAGACUUUUCCCACGCAGUGCCUCACAUGUCUACUGGUGUGGCUUUGGGGUCCUCUCUGCAUCCCCGGCAGCACCCCCCAGGCCUCACUCAAACACGAGACAGGAAUGUGGAGGGAGGACCUAACAGGAAUAAGGGCUCCAAAGAGGAAGGAUGUCAUACACCCCCAAGCUACCACCCUCACCUUCAACCUUCCAUGAACACCUCCUGGCUGUAUGGGGACACUCUGCAAAGGGCAGACAGGCUGCCCUAGCCCCUUCCCAGCAAACAGCCCACUCCCAAAAUGCAUCAACCUCCCAUCUUCUCAUCUUGGGUCACAGCCAGGCACCGCCCAAAAUCCAAAGCUUCCUCAAGUCUAGGGGUCCCAGUUCAUGCCCCCAGCUUCUUACCCACCCUGCCCUCAGCACCCCUACUUGGGGAGAGGAAAAGGAAAGGGACAGGAUGGGGCGCAUGGUAUGGAGGGGCAGCAGGGACAAGGAAGAGAGAUGUUUUCCUCUGAAUUUUUCCCCCUUUUCCUCCUUUCUUCCCCCCCCUCCUUAAGUUUUGGGGUGGUGGUGGUCUUCCUUUCCUUUUCUCUCUGAGAUUUCUUUUUUUGAGAUUUUUUUGUUUGUUUCCAUUUUGUAUUUUACUGAUAUUACCAGGAUAGUUUACUCUCUUUCUUGCUUUCUGCUUGCCGCACACACCGGAUCUCACACACACACACACACACACACCUAUGCUUAUGAACCCAGUGGGGAGAAGGUUCCACCUGGGUCCACCACUCUCCUCCUGCUCCUGUUCCCCCUCCUCCUCCUCCCUGAGGCUGGGAUGGGAAAGGAGACAAGAGGAUAUGAUCUGGGCAGACCUAGCGGCUUUCUCCCUCUACCCCUGACCCCGCUUCCCCCCACAUCAUACUCGGAUCAUAACCUUGUAUAUUACACAGUCAUUUUGGUUUUCGCCGAUGCGCCUAAGUACCAUUUACAGAAAGUGACUCUGGCUGUUAUUUUCUUUGUUGUUUCCCUAUGCAAAAAAAAAAAAAAAAAAAAAAUGAAAAAAGGGGGGUUCCAUAAAAGAUUCAAUAAAAGACAA